AUGCCUUCCAGAAGCCGGACGGGAUUUGUCCACCAACGUGCACCAACAUUACGCAAUCGACGAGCCCCAGCCAACCUACAGCCACCCGACCACAAUAAUGAACCAUCGGCGAUGCGGCCUGACUUGCUUCUUUCACCUCCCUGGCCAGCCCAAGAUACCCAGCCCCCUCCACAUGAUCCAGUACCCGAAGAGCAUCACUAUGGCCAUUUUCAUGAUGACCAGGAACGCAACACUGACCCCUCGCUUCUUCCCCCUGAGAUGGUCACACAGUACGCUAUCAGAAGGGACACGCUCUCUGCUGCAUGGAAAUCGAUCGAAAACGCAAUGACUGCUUCAUAUUUUACCUGCCAAAAUCGAACCCAAAACUGGACGAGCUCAUCCAAGUACCUUGAUCCCCUGGAAGAUUAUCGAUUUGCCCAGCAGCAAAUUGAGUUUUGCUCAUGCAUCCCUGACACCAUACGACUGAUGUACCAUGGGUACAUUGCCGCAUCACCCACAGCUCCUCGAACAGCAUUCGCCAUACCCCUGGUCCAGCUUUACCAAUCUCUGUGGCAUGACUCGGGGUCGUUCCAGGAAUCCACGUGA